ACUUGUUCUCGUUCCAAAGGUUUACCGCAGCCCCACUAGUGUUUCCACUCAAAACAAACUGCGGUCGGAAAUGUUGGUCAUGAUGUUAGAAACCUACUUUUUCUCCCGACAGUGAUGAACAUCACACCCUGAUGAAGAUGAUGAUGAUGGUGACAGAAAACAGUUGAUGUGUUGUGAGGAGGAGGAGGAGGAGGAGGAUGAAGUUGAGGGCGAACCGCAAGCAGCUGCUGUUUCUAUCCAGAGAAACAUCUGGAAACUUCCAGAAAGAAGGAACACUGCAAGUUGGACGACAGGAGAAGAGAGCUCUCACUGACAGGUUUUGUCGGCUGAGGGGAAACCUGCUGUUCAUCAUGAAGAAACAGGAUGGUGAGCUAGAAGAGGUGUUGCUGUUGGAGAGAUGUGAGGUUUUGAAGCUUCCAGAGGAUCACAGACGACUGGCUGUCAGCUUUGAGAGCGGCGACCCUCCUGUGCUGCUGCAGUUUAGCAGCUGUUCAGAUUGUGAGUCCUGGCUGGCUGCACUGAGGGACGCCAACACUGACACACUGAGGCGACGCAUCACACAGCUCUACGCACUCAUAAACAAACACGCACUGCUGCACGACGCGCCGGAGGAUGAUGGAGGAGCAGGUGGAGCCGCACCUGCUGCUAAAGUCUCUCCACUGCACCUGACUGUCGAGUGUCGAGGUGUUGUUGCCGUGGCAGCCAGAGUUCAGGUUCAAGUGUGUGUGAUCGACAUGCACACCCACACACUCAGGAAACACUGCUGCACCGAGAUAGCGGAGGGACCGGAUGACUCUGUGUUUCGAACAUCUGUGUGUUUCCGUGGCGACUACCCUCUCGACCAUAACAGCAGGAUCAAAGUCAACGUUUACAAUGCGGAGGAGCCGAUGACACACACUACAAGGAGCUUUCUAGGUUUCACCUCCUUCUCAAUCAGAGAUCUGCUCAGGUCGAAGGAGCCUCACAUCUCUCUCAGCCUCAGGACGAUGGAUGGAGUAAACGAGGUCGGGGAGGUGAAGGUGUCCCGUCUGCAGAUGGAGGGAGAGAGCGACGAUAAAACUCCUCCUGAACACAAGUGUCCUGCCCUGUGUGAUUGUCUUCACGGCUCUGUCCACGACAGAGAAAAUAGUCCAAUGAUGAGAGCUGUGCUGUGUGCUCAGGUGUGUAAGGUGUACAGGUUUCAGACAGAGGAUCAGAGGUGGCUGCUGGUCAGGGAACAGAUGUCGGAAACGCCGCUCUCUUUCUCUUUACCCAAACAGCUUCUGAAAACGCUCAUACACCAGCACACAAGCAGGGUCCAAGAAGUGAAGGAGCUCGGUGACCUUUCACCCCACUGGGAUGGGCUCCGCCAUGAUGUCAUCAACCACUGCAACCAUCUGCUUGGUUGUUAUCAGGAAACACUCACCGAGCUUGACAAACUCUCAGUCUCGUCCUGUUUUAAGUCAAGCACCAGUAAGUCAGUCAGACACCUUCAGUUUGUUCCAACCAACCUGCACUCACAGAGGAUGGAGGUCACCUGCCCAGGCAGCACAGGUGUGUGGUAUGACGUUAUAACAUUUGGUGCUCCAACUGAUCACCAUCAGGCCUUCAAACAUGGAGGAUUGAAGAGACUGCUCAACAAACACACAAACCACAGGGACAGCUCUAUCUCUUACUCCCAGGAGGAAAGCUCCAGAGCGAGGGAGCUGCUGGCCAGCGUGGCCCAGCUGCAGCCUCUGGUCUUCGGGCUCGCUGAGGAGCUGCUGUCCGUCUCUCUGGAGCUGAACACCAGCCGGCUGCUGCAGGUCCUGGACAGCCUGGCUCAACAGACAGAGCAGUUUGUUCAUGCGCUCAAAGACGAGCUGGUGAAAAACGCCCUGCUGGCUAUCCACAAACAAUACUCAGCCCACUGCAACAACAGCAGCCACGUCCACAGCAACGGGCUACUCUGUGACAACUCACCAGCCAAUCAGGAGGGACGGCCUUCACUACAUAAGGCGGAGUACGACGAGGAGGAGUGGGACAGGACGUGGGCGAAUGUCGCCAAGAGCCUCAACUGCAUCUUCGCCAUGGUUGACAGGAUAAAGGGACGAGAGGACCGCCCCCCGGACAUGACAUCAUCAGAGCAGCAGGAAGCCAAGGGGGACACAAACUCACAGAACACUGCCUCCUCCUCUUCCCCCUCUACGCCCUCCUGGCAGGAGCAUCUGCUCCCCCUGGUGGUCACUCUCAGGGAUUGUGUGCGCGAGGCGGUGGGGAAGGCCCGAGCCGCCAUGACCUUUGUGGUCCUGCAGGGGGCGGUGGCUGCGACUGUUGCCCAGGGGCCUGUGCAGCUCGUCCAGAGACGCCAUGCCGUCUUCAGCCAGGCGCUCUCAGCAGUAGUUUGUGGUUUCUUGUUGAAGCUGUAUGGAGGUCUUGAGGAUUCAGAGUUUCUGCAGCAGCUUCACACUGCAGGAGUCCUGGUUCAGUUUGAAGCCCUGCUCAGCACUUACGGUGACGAGGUGGGGAUGCUGGAGGACAUGGAGGUGGGCGUGGCCGACCUGAGCAGAGUUGUGUUUACUGUCACGGAAGCAAAAACAGAACAACCGGACGACCUGCUGCCGAAGCUACACGGAACAUGGGGCAGUUUGGUCGUCGAGGUCCCGUUGCCCCCAGAAACGUUCACGUUGUUGCCACAGGAACUAAAAGAUGGUUGUUUGAUACAAAUUCACCCUGUUCUCUUCAAUAUCGGAAUAAACCAACAGCAGAGUCUGGCUGAGAGGUUUGGUGACAGCUCCCUGCAGGAGAGAGUGAACCAACAGAGCUGUGAGCGUCUUAAAGCUUACUGUUACACACUGAGAGACAGACUGCCUGAGAUGGCUGGUGUCCAGUCGCUGUCAGACUUGUUGUCGUCUCUGGAUCGCAGCGUCGAAGCCAGGAAGAGGAAGAACGUGGAGGUUCUGUGGAUCGCUGCCAUGGUGUGUCGGAAAGUGAACGGCGUGCGUCUGACCAGCUGUAAAAGUGCGAAGGACCGCACGGCAAUGUCGGUGACACUGGAGCAGUGUGUGUUACUGCGAGAGCGACACGCGCUCAGCCAACAGCACUUCAGCACUGCACUGGACUGCAUGAGGAGGGAGGGCUGCAGGAUGGAGAACGUGCAGAAGAACGUGGGCAACAGGAAGUUCGCCUUCAGCAGCGUCCAGCUCCUCACCUUCCCCAAACUGUACAGACCUCCAGACGGCAGCUACGGAUAGAAACACUUACAGAGCGUUUUGUUUGUUUUAUACAGAUUUUUUUUUUAUCAUAAGAUUGUUUGAUGUUUUAUGUAAAGUGUAUGUUGUGUUAUUUACAAAUGUAAAUGUUUUUCUGUUAAUAAUGACCCCUAUGUGCUGUCAAAUGUGGCUGCAGAUGUUUCAUUCACAAACAUGUUUCUGCAAUAAAUGAAUACUUGAGAGCUA